AUGGGUGCAGCUUUUGUGAACUCGACAGCUAUACUGACGGUGACGUGGCUUCACGAGCCGCGUCUCUGUUUGAUGGCGGCGCUUGACGACGAUCGCGUUCGCACGGAAUAUCCGGUGCCGUCACGGUCGACAGCCUGCGCUUUCUGGUUUCCUGUCCGCAUCUUGUCGGCCACAAUGUCCGCCCACGAAGAUCGCAGUCCUACCGCUCUUUUUACCGCUUAUCAUCGAUGCGUCGUGACGUGGUGCUCAAGCAAGUAUAGCGCGAUGCCAGACAAGGAGAUUGAGCAACGGCGGCCCCAAAUAGGUCGUUAUGGAAGCCACAAGUCAAUUUCUCUCUUCUACAAAGCACGCUGCGUAAUGUGCGGCCAUCACCAGUGCAGCCAGAUUCCUCACGUACAAAAAGACGAACUCACGCUCGCGACUUGA